AUGUCGCCCUGUCGUGCAGACCAUCUGAAGGCGUCGGGUUGCGGGCCCAUGUCGGCGAUGUCGGCCUGGUCGGGCAGUCCGCUGGUCCACUUGCUCUACUCCAACCUGCUGCUCCUCGGCACCGGCUGUCCGGCCGGCCUGGCGGUCAGCAGUUCGAGUCCCGGCCACACGAGUCCCGGCGGUCCGCUCUUCCUCCCGUUGCUCAAUCCGCCACCACCACCGCCACCGCCGCCACCACCACCACCACCACUGGUACCGGUACCAGUAGCGGUACCUACAGCGACUCCGGCACUCCGAGCGCCCGCCUUCGCGACGCCCUCGCCCGCGGACUCGGAGACCGGAGACCCGACGAUCGGCAUCGCCACCGCCCCGAGGUCCUGCUUCCUCCGAGCGGCCGAAGUCCUGAGCGGAGACGCGGCCAGUCCACCGGCCGGAAAGCGUCUGCGACUCGACCAGUCUCCGACGCGUAAGUCCGCAUUUCCCUCCUCUCAUACCCGCUCUCGCUCCUCCACUCGGACGAUUGCUAUUCCCCUCUUCUCGCGCAAUCAGCUCGUCCCCAGCUUCCGUCCCUUUUCUCUCCCUCCUCAAUGUACCGGCUUUACUCGCCCACCUCUCGUGUCGAGUACAGACACACACACAAACACACAUAUAUACACACACACGCACAAGCACAACUCUACAUCAACACACCCUAUUAUGAUAUAG